AUGGAUCAGAAGAGAAAACAGCGAGACGAUCACCCCAAGCAUCCCGCAUCUUUAAAUCGGGGCGCCCCGUUUUCUGGUUUUCUGAGCCGGAACGAGGAGGCGGGGCGCAACGGCGCGGGAUACCUGCGUUUCGGCCGGACCAGCAACAGCAGCAGCAGCCACGCCGCCCUCCAGGCAAAGGAGCACCGUGGGCCUGAGGCGAGUCGAAAGAGGGGGAGAGAACCCAAGGAAACUCCACUGCAGCUGCCAGACAGCUCAGCUCUCACCUGUGCGGAAGCAUGGUGUGCAUGUGCAGUGCCACAGUGGGUACUGAAUACGGUCACAGUGGGCUACACUCUGCAAUUUGCACGGCACCCACCGAAAUUCACUGGUGUCAUUCGCUCCGUGGUUCUGACAGAGCAGGCACCAUUGUUGCAGCAGGAAAUAAACAUGCUGAUAGAGAAAGGGGCAAUAAGAAUAGUUCCACAAUCGGACCAGAACAAGGGGUUUUACAGUCAUUAUUUUCUUGUACCAAAGAAAGACAGCGCCUGUCCGAUACUAGACUUGUGUGUUUUGAGCAAAUCGCUAUGGAAAGCACCUUUCCGUAUACUGACUCAUCGUCAGCUUCUCUGGUCUAUUUGUCCCAGCGACUGGUUUGUGACAAUAGAUCUGAAUGAUACGUACUUUCAUGUGCCGAUACUACCUCGCCACAGGAAGUUUCUCCGCUUUGCUUUCGGGCAAAAUGCUUUCGAAUUUCUGGUUCUGCCAUUCGGACUGUCUCUUGCCCCUCAAAUAUUCAUGAAAUGUGUAGAAGCCGCGCUCGUGCCCAUGCGCCAGCGGGGCGUUCGUAUAUGCAACUACCUGGAUGACUGGCUAAUAUGCAGCAAGUCACAGGAGCAGGCAACACAGCAUGCGACAAUGGUUAUGUGUCAUCUUGUGCGCCUGGGAUUUGCUGUCAAUAUGGAAAAGACUUCAUUGACUCCAAGCCAGUCCUCUUGCUUCCUGGGCUUGGAGCUGGACUCAAAGUCAAUGACGGUGCGCCUCUCUUAGGAGAGAAUUCUUUCCAUCCUUUCCUGUGCAAUGAAAUUACAGCAGGUCCAGCACGUACAAGCUCGUCUUUGCCAGAGACUACUGGGCCUAAUGGCAGCAGCAACAGUGGCGCUCCCACUUGGGCUGCUACAUAUGAGACCUUUUCAAAUAUGGUUCAAUUCUAUGAAGUUCCACCCUGUUCGAGACAAGACACGGUGCCUGACUGUGUCCCAGAUUUGCUGGAGAGCCUUGGCCCCUUGGAGGGAUACCGCCUUUCUGUCUGCUGGCAUGAGGCUGGGAGAUGUGACGCACUAUGUGACUGUCACAACAGACGCCUCCUCCAGAGGAUGGGGCGCUGUGUGCGACCGCAGAAUGGUGAAUGGACGGUGGUCCCCAUCUCAAGCGAAAGCCCAUAUAAAUGCGCUGGAGUUAUUUACGGUGUUUCUCGCAAUAAAACAUUUUCAAAGCAGAAUCGGGGGUAUGCAUGUCCUGGUCAGGACAGACAACACAUCGACAGUGGCUUAUAUAAACAGGCAGGGCGGGACACGUUCUUACCCCUUAGCGAGAUGUUUGCUGCUGUGGGCAGAACAGAAUUUUCUGUCCCUCCAAGCAGUUCAUCUUCCGGGGUGUCUGAAUUAUGGGGCAGACCUGCUGUCCAGGGGAAACCCUCACGCAGCAGACUGGCACCUCCCCUCUCAGGUUGUGACGGAAAUUUGGGAAAGGUUUGGAAAAGCAGACGUAGACCUCUUUACGUCAAAAGAGAACACACAUUGCCCCCUAUGGUUUUCGAUGCAGAACGACAACCCCCCCCUCGUGGUGGAUGCGUUCGCUCACCUGUGGCCGCGGAGGCGGCUUUAUGCGUUUCCCCCUAUAGCCCUGCUUCAGGCAACUCUGAUUUGGGUGCGGGAGGACAACCUGCCAAUUCUACUAGUAGCACCGAACUGGCCCAGCCAGUGUUGGUUCACGGACCUGCGUCUGUUGUCGGCCGAGCCUCCGUGGGGAAUCCCUCUCCGGCGUGAUUUAUUGACAGGGAGGAUAUGGCAUCCACGCCCAGACCUCUGGCAGCUCUGA